CGGGAAAGUACCAGAUCUCAACAGCGGAGAAAAAAAUCCACGCAAGGCAGAUUUUGAACUGUAGCACUACUUCGCCAUGCUCCACAUUAUUUUCCCUGUCGCGUUGCUGGCUGUCUCGACGCUGUCCUCGACAGUCGCUUUUUUGCACCCUAGAACAUCUCGGCAGUUUCAACAUACAUCAGCCUUACCGCAUCGAUUGCAAACUCGCCUUUUCAGGGUAAAACACUCAAUAGAGCUCCCACCCAAUGAGUUUUCUCGCAAGCUGCAGCCGAGCCGUAUUUUGAAGAUCAAACGCGACUACGAUAUUGACAUCGAGGCUUCGCAGGAAGAGUGUCAGGCCCUUGCAGACCGUUUUGACCUUUCCGAUAUUGCAAAGCUGAGUGCUUCGCUCAAAUUACGCCAAGAACGGAUCGGGGGAUCUCGCGCUGGGACGAAUGGUGUGGAGGUGGAAGGAUCCGUUACUGCCACCGUAACGCAACGCUGCGUUCGCACAAAUGAAGAGUUUCAGGUCAAUCUGGAAUUUCCACUAUACUGUAUUGUUCGGCCAGUAGUUCCCCUUGCCACCUUGAUGCAAGAAAAUGUUAAGGCUGUCAGACGAGACGAGCCUGCUGACUCAAAACCGAGAAAGAACUCAUAUAGGGGACAAGAUCGAAAUGUCGGUGAAAUGGAUAUGAUGGAGCUGCAGCGGAUGUUGCAGCAAGAUAUUUCUUCAGAAGACGACGCAUUGAUGGAAGACGAAGCAAUAUACCCUCUGGACGGCCUAUUUGAUGUAGGAGAGCUUGUUUCACAACUGUUUUGGCUGAAGCUGGACCCAUAUCCGAAGAAGCCAGGAACUGACUUUUUCUCAGCAUCAAUAUCCGGUUAAACUGUUAACAGCUUGUGGACGCCGAGUCGGCCCACACCAAAGAUCUUACCUCGGUUGUAUGCUACACACAGCGACCAAAUUACGUUCCGCAACUGAUUUGCGUGGUUGUGCUUCGCUUGAGGGCCGAUCGAGUUCGUGUGCGCUCUACUAAUGUCUAGUAAUGACAAUGUUGUUGGCU